AUGCAUUUCAGCAGGUUCGGGCUACUGGCCCUUGGGGCUGCUGCCGUAAAUGCUUUCAGAGAUACUUCGCCAUUCUUCCUUGCCUCAACUUCUGAGGUCCUGACGAACUCCGCCUACAUCCAGACAGGAGCUUCGCUCCUCGAGAACCUUUUCUCAUCUCUCAGCACCUGUCCAUCCGAUUACUAUGUUGUCGUCUACCAGCCUGGUGUGCACAGUUCCGACUUCUCGACGCGAAAGUCGGCACCCCGCUUGGGUGCGAAGAUGCUUGGGAAAGACAGCUCGAUCCGGUCCAAGAUGAGCAUCAGCGAGGUCGCUGGAUUGGUGGAACCUAAGGAGAUCAAGAGUCUUUUGGAGAAGAAAUGCAAGGCCCAGAUCACCGCCGUCGAUGCUUCCUCCGGAUCUUACCCCUCGUACUUUGAGAAGGGCCCCCGAAUUAUUGAUGUUGAAUUCCCCAUGCUAUCGCUGGACUCGGACCGCGCACAGCAGCUUUCUGCAUUCGAUGGUUUCCUUGCCGACAUCAUUGACCGACUUCCUUCCUCGUCCAAGUAUACUAUUCUCUACAUCACCUCACCGAAAGAGUUUCCCGAGGUGGAUUCCGUUAUCUAUGAAGCCUCUGGAUAUUCAUACCAAGACCCGCUCCGCAUGGAGCUCAAGCGGGAUUACUCUGCGGAUGGUAGCGACUCGACAUCAUCUAACCACACCUCUCUCUUCGAGGAGUAUCAAUACUUUACUCCAGGUAUCUUCAUGGGACUCAUGGCUACCUUCCUGUUCUUCGCGAUCUUGUACAUUGGCAUCAACGCCCUAAGCAGUCUCGAGAUCCCCUAUGCUGCAUUUGAGAAGGACACCUCAGCUGCUGUGCAAAAGAAAGCGCAGUGA